ACCUUCCCUCAGCCCUUCCUCAAACCACUACUUCGUCAACCUCCUCCUCGUCCCUGCCCCAGUCUGACACACUUCCCUACGUCUCCAGAGCACCCUAGCACAGCACACCUUCCCUCAGCCCUUCCUCAAACCACUACUAAACACCUAUUCACUGUCAUUCUAUACAUAUCUUUGCACACCUCAUCUUCCUUCUCCCUCUGCAACACAUCUUACGUCUCCACAUCACCCUAGCACAUCACACCUUUCACACACCUAUUGGCCAGUCUCACCCUAAUACACAUACCCUUUUGCACAUCUCUCCUGCCCUAACCUUACCUUACCAACAGACCAUCCCACCCUGACACACACACACACACACACACCUUCACAAGCUUACCCUGACCUUACCUCACCUUAUCUCACACCUUCCCCCACGCGCACACACCCUACCUAUCUAGUCCGUGUGCACCUCCUCCAAUCAGUGCACACAUCCCCCCAAAACGUGUAUACCUCAAACCAAAUUGUGUAUAUCAACUUGAAGAAGACGUGUAGUGUAUGUGUUCUCACCAUACGCACAUACACACACACACACACUUUGAACCUGUGAAACGCGAGACGUACAAGUAACAUACAGGAACGAAGAAGCAAAGGAAGAAAGAAUACAAAAGUGAUAAAGAAGGAAGGAGAGAAGAGAAGAAAGACAAGACAUAUAAAUAACAUACAAGAAGGAAGAAGAAGCAAAGGAAGAAAGAAUAGAGAACUGAUAAGAAAGAAAGAAAAAGAAGAAAAAGUAAACAAGCAAUAAGAAGGAAGAAGAAAGAAAAGAAAGAAGAGAAUAAAGGGGAAAUAAGGAGAAAGGAAAAGAAGACAGAACAAAGAAGCAAUAAGGAAAAAAGACAGAGAAGAAAAGGAAAGAAAACCAAGAUUCAUCAACUCAAAACUCACACCCACCAAGAACCAUGAAUCCAAAAGCAACAACAAUCAUGAGUCUGCUAAUGUGCCUGCUGCCCCUCCUGCUUAUACUACUGGUGAAGGCGGCGGCGGGGGAGAUACAGGAGACGCUGACGGAGACCUUGCCCAACUUCAUCGCGCAGGACGACCUCAACGACGGGCAGCAUGAAGUUCGGAUACACUACAACGGCGUCUCGGCCAAGCAAACAUCCGUGCGGCGUGACCAGGGGAGCUCAAGCGGGUUGGUGCUACGUCAGAUCCACCACCGCCACCGCCUCCUGACGCUGGUGUACGUGGGCGAGGCGGCGGAGGACCUCAGCGUGGACGGCCUCUCGCUCAGGGACUGCCGGGUAUCUGCGGAUGACGGCGAGGUGGCGGAGUUCCUCGAGAAGUUUGUGGAGGACGCGGCGGUGGCGAGAACGUCCGCGGCGGGCUCGUGGUCAGGCUCCCUCAACAACGUCACCUUCGUCCACCUUGAUGAGGAGGACCAGCUGCCCCAGUACCUCCGUCCCGUCCUUCACUUCAGGAAACUCCGCGUCCAGUGUCGAGACCACAAGCGUGAGGUUAAGAAGGCGGUGAGGGCCCAGCGGCGACUUGACCGACGCACUAACCGCCACCACCACCACCAGGAAGACAGCAAAACCGACAGCCCCUCCAGCAGCACCGCCGUCAGCAGCCCAGCCAAGUCCUCACUCUCUAGGAGGAGGCGGUGGAUCCUCAAGGAGUUCUUCAUCCUGCCGGGGACCAAGUGGUGUGGGAACGACGACCUCGCAUCCUCCUACGGCGACCUCGACGGACACGUGGGCGCCGACAAAUGCUGCCGCCAACAUGACAAGUGUCCCCUCAACAUCGGCGGCAUGGCUUCGAAGUACGGAACCUUCAACAGACACCCCACCACCGUCUCCCACUGCAUCUGCGACGAGAGGUUCAAGGCGUGUCUCAAGAUGACAAGCACGGCGGCGGCGGACCUCGUGGGGGACGUCUUUUUCAACAAAAUGAAGACCAAGUGCUUCAGCCUCGAGCGGAAGAAGGUGUGCACGAAGUGGGCCUCCUGGUUCGGGCCGUGCACCAAGUACUCGAUCAAGCAGGUGGCGGUGCUCCGGGACAACCUGCCAUACAAGUUCUGAACACGUAUACACACUCGGAGAUACUAACAAUCUCGCCCCCUUCCUACGCUUUUUUCCAGUGAAUGGGCACCAGGUAUUAAUCGGGGGUUGUGUCCCGUCUCCUGGGAUCUGUUCCCUUCUAUAAUUCCUUCCCCUUCUGUCUCUCUCCGGCAUAUGACCACAGAUGUUGCGCCGACUAAGCGAAACUUUCCAACUUUUCUACGCAUUUUCCUCCUCCUUAUUCAAGUACUCAGGCUUAUCUAUUGUUGAGGAGUCUAUUGUUUUGCCCUUUACGAAGUCACUCUGUUCCUCUCUCUCUCUGUACCUCAUUUUCUCUCUACCGAAGUCUUAGCUAGCUCGUCCCCCUUUCAUCUUCCCCAGUAUUUCCUUUCCUUUACUGAAGUCUUAGCUAGCUCGUCCCCUCUCUUCUUCCCCAGCAUUUCCUUUCCUUUCUACAACUCUCUACCCCAAUCUAGUGCCAUAUUUAGUUCCUCCGUGUCCUACCGCUGAUGCACAACAAGAACGAGAGGAAAACCAGCAGCUACAAAGAAGGAAAACACACAAACUUCCAUCCCAAAAGCUCAUAUAAAGAAAAAUUACGAAGAAAAUAUGAGUGAAAUGAAAAAUCAAAUCAGAAUCUCUCCCGAGUGAUCACAGUGACAAUGAAAGAGGUAAAGAAAGUUAUUGG